UUUUGCGGCGUCAGGGGAAGUCCCGCCCCGCGAUUUAAACGGCGGCGGAGACGGCCGUUGGGAGUGGGCAGGAGCCGGUAACGGUCGUUGCGUGAGGACGGGACCGGAGUUUCUCGGGCACGGGACAGGUAUAGCACCAGUCUGGACCAUGGCAAGAGAUGUUCUAACUCCGCUGGCACCGCUGACAUCGUAGUGUAGAUUGGGCCGGAGAUGAUUCUGAAUCAUAUAGCUCCAGCAGGGUGCUGACUGUCCUACUACCUUCUUAUGAAACCUAAAACAAAGGUCUUUGCUACUUAUGAAUAAGUGACAAUCAAUCGAGCCCAGGUGAAAUCAUGGAGGCACUGAUAGGACCAGAUCGGUACAGAUGGGCCACUAUGAACCAUAAAGAGCGGAUGGCAGCAGCAGCUGCUAUGGCCUUCACCCAACUUUGUGCAGAGCAAGGAGAUGGCGAUAGCCUGAGAGGAACCUAUGCUCCAACCCAGUAUGACCCCUAUAGUAAAGCAUCUGUGACUUCUGGGAUCAGGCCAUCUCUUCAUCUGUUGAUGCGGCACCAUCAGGCAGAACACAGCGUGCAACCAGAGACCCUCUCAGAGGGACCUAGAGGACCCAGGAAGCCAGUGAUGAAGAGGAAAGUUCUGAGGCGGAUGCCUGAUGGAGAGGUACAUGUGUCUGAUGAAUCAGUCACCAGUGAACCAGAAACCAGUGCUGAAAGUGACCCUGAGAUCUCAGACCUGAGACAGAGACUGCUCCAUCUACACCCCCACCAGGAAGACACCGCGUCAGAGGUGGAAAGCGAGCCGAACCACAGUUCCCACGGAAAGUUUUACUUGGAUCUUCCUCGUCGCAGUGGCUCUCAUGGAGACCCUCCAUUUCUUCCUAGGGAUUGCCAUGGUCAGGGCUCUCCAGUUUACGAACAAGACUUUAUUAUGGCUGGACAACCAAAAUCCUUCAUUCCUCCAAGAUUAGAGCAGCAAGGCCGUAAUCGUGGGAAGAUUGACCGGGUAGCCCGGUACUUUGAGUAUAAGCGGGACUGGGAGUCAUUCCGGAUACCAGGGGAGGAUCACAGGAAGGAAUUGCGCUGGGGCAUUCGGGAACAGAUGCUCUACAAGCCUGACCUCCCAACCAGGUCUCAACACAUCUAUGUCCCCAACAACUAUCUGGUGCCUACAGAAAAGAAGAGAUCUGCCCUGCGCUGGGGGGUGCGCUGUGACCUGGCAAGUGGCCUCAUUCCCAGGAAGAGCUCCUUUCCUUCAUAGUUAUCUAGAGUCUCUUCAACCCCCAUCCACAGGACUAUCCAUCCCUUAGUGCCAAUCAAAGAUCUACCUGCUCUGCACAGGCACAUUGCAUCAUUCUUAACUCUUUGUUCCUUCUAGAGAUCCUGAAUAAGUCAAGUUGACUCUAAAAUCUCAUUUGUGCUUCUAGACAAAGGAGGUUGAUUGUGGCAGAAAACAGCUUUACCUGCCAGCUUCCUGAAUAUUUGUAUUGAAACGCAUCAGUUGCACACCAAGUUGCAGAAGUUGCCUGCCUAUUAGCAAGACCUGCAGAGCUUCUCCUUGAGUAGACUAUUGCAUCAGAAACUGCUCAAAGUGGAUAUAAGGAAAAUAAUCAACCUCCAGGAUCUUCUAUGCUCACAGGAAUAACCAAUAUCACUAGUUCUAUUUUUUUGCCUUUUUAUGUUUUGCUCUUGCUCCUGUGGACGAAUUGCUGUGACGCUAUUGAUGGUGUUUUAUUUAUGGCUUCUGGGUGAUGCAUUUAUUUUAAUAAAGUGCGUGAAAG